GAGCUGCCAAAGAGGAAGUGCAGCUUGUUUUCUUUCAUUUUCUUGAUUCCUAUGCUGUAGGAAGAUGAAAGGAGAAGGAGGAGGAGGCAACAGCGGCAGCCAAACUUAAUAAAUAAUUCUGACGAUUCCUGAUAUCAAAUGGAGGCCCCAGAGUGGGACCCACUGAAAAAUGACACCCUUCCGCCGACCCUGACGCCAGCUGUCCCUCCGUAUGUGAAGUUGGGCCUGACCAUUGUAUAUACUGUUUUUUAUUCACUGCUUUUUGUGUUCAUCUACGUUCAGCUCUGGCUGGUCCUUCACUACAGGCACAAGAGGUUCAGUUACCAAACUGUCUUUCUGUUUCUGUGCUUGUUUUGGGCCUCUCUUAGGACAGUGCUCUUUUCAUUUUACUUCAAAGACUUUGUUACAGCAAAUUCUCUCAGCCCCUUCAUCUUCUGGCUUCUCUAUUGCUUCCCAGUCUGCCUCCAGUUUUUCACCCUGACCCUGAUGAAUCUUUACUUCACACAGGUGAUUUUCAAAGCAAAGUCAAAAUAUUCCCCAGAGCUACUGAAAUACAGGUUGCCCCUCUACCUGGCUUCUCUUUUCAUAAGCCUCCUCUUCCUCUUGGUGAAUUUAACAUGUGCAGUAUUGGUGAGGACACAGAAUUCAGAGAGGAAAGUCAUUGUCUCUGUCCGGGUGGCAAUUAAUGACACGUUGUUUGUGCUGUGUGCUGUUUCACUCUCCAUCUGCCUGUAUAAGAUCUCCAAGAUGUCUUUAGCCAACAUUUACUUGGAGUCCAAGGGCUCCUCUGUCUGUCAGGUGACAAGUAUAGGAGUGACUGUUAUACUACUUUAUACCUCACGAGCCUGUUACAACUUGUUCAUCCUAUCGUUUUCCCAAACCAAGAAAGUCAACUCCUUUGACUAUGAUUGGUACAAUGUAUCAGAUCAGGCAAAUCUGAAAUGUCAGCUGGGAGAUGCAGGUUACAUAGUAUUUGGAGUGAUCCUUUUCAUCUGGGAGCUCUUGCCUACUUCCUUGGUUGUGUAUUUCUUCCGUGUCCGAAACCCUACAAAAGAUCUGGCCAAUGCAGGAAUGGUCCCAAGCCAUGGCUUCAGUCCCAGAUCUUACUUCUUUGACAACCCUCGCAGAUACGACAGCGAUGACGAUCUAGCGUGGAACAUUGCGCCACAGGGGGCACAGGGCAGUUUCUCUCCAGACUACUACGACUGGAGCCAUCAGAACAACAGCUUCAUGGCUUACAUAGGAUCCCUCCAACACGAUCCAGCACUGGACACAGACCGGCCAAGCCCUAUAUAACAUCAAUCAACUACAGCAUUCCAGGACAUUCCGAUAUUAAAACCAAUAUUCUGAAAAACAAAGCUUAGCAACUUUUCCUCAGCUUUUGGUUUUAAGAAGUAUUCCUAUGCACAGAUAAAUGAAGAACCUUGCCACGAGCUUUCCAUAGUUCAAGGAGAAGUAUAAGCUAAUGAUUUAAAGUUUGAAGACUGUUCCAGUUAAUACCUUGUUCUAAGCCAGGGUGGUUUUGGCUUUGAAUAGAGUUGUUAGGAAAUAUAAUUUAAUCAUUUUUAUGCUCAUUUUAAAAGAGCAAAUUUCAUGAAGUUGAACGGCAUAAUUAUUUUCUAAGUAUUUUUAUUUUUACACUGUGUAUUAGGUUAGAAAUAUAUGAUUAUGAUGAAUAUACUGUAAACACGUGAAUGGGUUUUUCAAAUGCAUGACAGUUGCAAUUCUUACAUGCACAUAAAAGCCUGUAAGGAAAAAAAUACAAACCCAAUUAAAUACUGUAUUUUCAAGUUA